AUGGCCCACUUAGUCGAAAUGAAAAUUUUAGUAAAUUAAGAGCAAUUAUCACUUUAUCUUCCUAAAAUUAAAGAAGCCCUGAAUCUUCGCAAAGAAGUAACUGUUACUUGGAGAAAGACCUAACAAGAUAUAGAUGAAGAAACUUUUAACAAUUGUAGGCCGAUUAAGGAUGAAAACUAAUAUCGAAUUUUAGAAAAUAUAACAAGGAGAAUCUCUCCUUAAAAUAGUCUGUAUAAUGAAAUCUUAUUGACUAUGAUGAAGUAUGAUGUAGAAUUAAAAGAUUAUUAAAAAUUUUAAUUGAAUAUCAAAAAAAUAAAUCGCUCAUCUCUCAAGGAGAAUUUGAAAUUACAAAACUAAUAAGUUGAAAUUCUGAAGACCAUUAAGAGACAACUCAAAGCAGUAGUCUAAAUUGAAGAAAAGUUAACUUUGAUUACACUGCUCGAACAGGAAAACAUGCUAUCAAAGGAGGAACUUAAAUUACUAUUUCGACAAAUUAAGCCUUAAUUAAGUGAAGACAGAACAACCUUCAUUUGGUUCUUAGAAAAAAUUCAAAGUUAUGAAAAGCAGAAUAAAAUAUUACUCGGCGAGAUUUAUGAACAUUACAUUUAAGAAUAAGACUUUGAAAAGGCUAAAACAUACUUUUUACAAAUGAUUAACUAAACUGAAUCUGAGUUAAAUUAUGAAGAGAUUGAGUAAGCAUACUAAUACAUUAAAAGAGAUAAUGAAUAAAUUUUAUAAGAGAUCAAAGAAAUAGAGGAAAUUCUUAAUAAUAAUUUAGAUUAGGAAGAUAUCAAUUUAUUCUAAAAAUUAAUAAAAUUAAAAACAAAUUUAGGUACUCCUAUCACAGAAAUGUUGAUUAAUUAUCAAAUAUUAUCCUAAAAAUUAAUUUCAGGCAAAGAAUUUGAGUUUGCUAUUUAAACAAUACAAACUUGUAUGGACUAAAUUAAAUUAGAAGUGUUAGUAAAUUAUCAUUCCAAACUAAUCUUUUAUGAAUCAAUCUUUUAUGAAUUACUUGGAGACUGUUAUAGAUUGUAAGAGUAACCUUAAUUAGCUAUUGAUGCUUAUGAAGAUUCCAUUUCUCUAAAAAAAGAGAUUAAACAUAAAACUGAUCCUAAAUGGGUAAUUUACAUUAACCUGCAUAUUGCUGCGCUGCAUUUUUAAAUCGGAGAUUAUCAAAUGGCUUUGGAAAUCUACUUAAAAGCAUUAAGCCUUGAGGAAGCUGAUGUAAAAGAAAAAAAUUAGUUCUAAUCUCUCGGAUCAAUUCAAUAUAAUAUUGCUACUGUUUAUUUUAAUUUAGGAAAAAGAGAUUUGGCUGAGGAUUUUUGUGAAUAAGCCAUAUUAAACAUGACUUCAAAAAUUGAAGAAGAAGACUCUAUGGUAAAGAAAGCAAUAACUCUAAAAGAAAAAAUCAAAUAAAUAAAAAAAUCUGGAAAGAGCCCACGAAAAGUGUGA